UCCAGUAUUUUCACAUGAGGCAUGAUGUUUUCUGUUACACACUGUGUGUACACUCUUACUACAAAUGUUGUAGCACUUGGAAUAAGCACAUUAACAGAAACCUGUGAUUUACCUUGUAGACAGAACUACAUCAUCUGGUAAACAAUGAAUCGACACCUUCUGACCGACCAGCAUCGAGACUUCAACAGCAUUUAAUAAACUGUAUUGAUCGAAGUGUCGAAAAGUUUGUUUGACUAAAAACAAACAAACAAGAACAAUAACUGAUUGUGUAACGCAGCCACAACACAGAGGUUCACUGAUACUGACACUGAUUUAAAAGCGCUUGAAGCCCGUCCCAGAUCUUCAUUAAGGGGCGCGGAUACUCUAACACUUCAGUGCGCAAAAGUUGCCCGAGAUGCGCGCACACCACGGAGACCUCGUGCCUGUAGCCGUUUUAAUCCGAUCUUUCUCAUCAUCAUCAUCAUCAUCAUCAUCAUCAUCAUCAUCAUCAUCAUCAUCAUCAUCAUCAUCAUCGUGUAAAAGAUGCCUCCUUAAUAGAAGGCUUUGUAUUAUCCUAAAACAGCAAUCAGCACUGGAGUGACGGAAGAGUUUCUGUUGAUUGACAGAUUAAAGGGAAACAUGAGCCGAUUUUAUUAUCGCAUGCUUCUUUUUCUGUUUACUUUCUUCAACACUGUUUUACUUCCGACUUCUGGAAAUUCACGGAAUGAAGCUGACAGCAGCAGAGAAGAAUGUCCUGAAAAUAAGAUUGUGACAGUGGAGUACCUGUGUAUCAGAGCAGGAGGAGAGAGAGGCACAUGCCUCAGGAGGAAGUGCUGUAAAGGUUUCAGGUUCGUCAUGGGUCAGUGUGUACCAGAAAGUGUUGAUGUAUGUGCAGGAUCUCCGUGUGAGCAGCAGUGUAUGGAUAACUUCGGCCGGGUGGUGUGUACGUGCUACAGCGGCUACCGUUUUGACCGGGAAAGACACCGGCAGCACCUCCACCCGUACUGCUUAGAUGUAGAUGAGUGUGAGGAGUCUAAUGGGACACUGUGUGAGCAUGUGUGUGAAAACACACCUGGCAGUUUCCGGUGUCGUUGCAGUGCUGGAUACACACUUGCUGCAGACCAGCACUCCUGCAUACCUGUACACAAACUCUCCCACUCUACAGGGAAGUCUGAUACUCAGAUGAGUGCUGGUUCCUGCUCUCUCACCUGUCAGGACAUCAUGAACAUGAGGAACAGCCUACAGCAGCUCAAACUCCGCCUGGGACACACACACUCCAGUGGACAGGUGAUCACACCUGAUUUAGCUAACAGCAGUGAAAAGCCACUUCCUGGUAGAGUUGGGAAAAAUCACAAUAGCAACAUUAUGUACGGUCCUCCAGGGCUUCCUGGACCUCCGGGCCUGCCAGGACCUACAGGACAGAAAGGUGAACCGGGAUCCAUCGGUCCUCCAGGGCUUCAGGGACCCAGGGGUGAUAUGGGCCUGAUGGGUCCACAGCCUGACCUGGAGCAUGUUAAGAGGGGACGCAGAGGACCUGUGGGACCACCGGGAGCACAUGGAAGAGAUGGACUUAAGGGUGAACAAGGUUCUCCUGGACCCCGAGGACCACCGGGACCUCCCGGAUCUUUCGACUUCCUCCUCCUGAUGAUGGCAGACAUCCGUCAUGACAUCAUCGAGCUGCAAAACAAAGUAUUUGGAAAGAGGACAGACUUCUUACUGGACACGCCCCCAGAGUCAGACACAGAGUUUAAAGACUCGGGUUCAGGACAGGAUGAGACGGAGACGAUACUCGGUACGUGAUGGCACGUGAAAACGUGCAAAGAUGUGGCAGAGCGAUGAAAUGUCAUUCGGACAGAAAGGAGAGACGGCACACCGCUAUAGAGGACAUGAAUCUGGAGCUGGCUGUGUUCAGGACUGAAACUUUUUAAACAAAUCAAGCAGCUGUUUUUCCUUCAGUGUACAGAAAGCUGUGAGAUCCCUGAAUGUCGCCUUUGUUUUGGGUGAUAGAGAGAGAGAGCAAAUAAUAGAGCAGAGAGUCUAAUCUAAGCACUAAUCAUUUACAAAUCAGUCAGAAUGACGUGAAUGGAAAUGUGAUGAUGUGAAUUAUUAAAUCAUUCUCACCGCCUGAACAAUCAUUAUGCUAAUAUUUAAUUACAAUUCUAAUUUUAAAUAAUUCACUUAACUUUUUAUCCAUUUAGAGUUAUGUUUAUUGUUGGAAAAAUCAAUGAAUCAAGUCGAGGCUCUUAUAAAAGCAGCCGUUCCUUCGCCAGCCUCUCUUUUAAUAAGAGAUCAGACUGAAGACUUAGAGCUAAGACUGUUACAAAGCUCGGACACUGGAGACUCCUUCCAAAAAGAGUUCAAUUAAAAUCUCCUUAUAGAAAAUUUCACGAUAUCGACAAUCACACACAUUAUUGUUAUCUGCAUUAAGAGCAUUAUUAUGAAUGUUAUUCGUCUGGCAGAUGGAACUCCGAUCAGAGCUGCUGCUGCAGUGGAAGAGCUGAUACUCUAAACACAACCAUGCCAUGUCACAGCAAUAAGAUUUUCCUCCUGCUUCACUCUUGAAUAAAUAAAUUCAAUAAUGGAACUCUUUGAAGAAUACUGCUGUUCUCUUCAAAAUAAACCAAUAAAUAACUAGAUUUAUGUA